AUGGAUCACAGUAUAUCAUUAAACUUCAAUCAAUUGAGCCAGGAUCACAUAACAAAAUUGAAGGAUGCGUUUCAGAUGAUAGAUGGGGAUGGAGAUGGUAUAAUCUCAAAGACUGAUCUGCAAGAGAUGUUAGGAUCUAUGGGGAAGCUAAAUUCAGCUGAAGUCAUUGAACAGAUGUUAGGCCGUAAAGGUAAUUCGGCAGAUGGAAUGAGUUUCCCAGAAUUUCUAUCCGUGAUGAGUGAUCUAAGUGGGGAAUUCCCUGAGGAGGAUGAACUUAAACAAUGUUUAAAGAAUUUAGCAGAGGAACAGAGCAGUUUAAAUGUUCCUUUGGAUGAUCUGAUACAAUCUUUAAAGGAUGCAGGGUUUUCGAAUCCAGAAGAACAAUUCGGCAAGAUUUUCAAGACAUUCAGUUCUACACAAAAGACUACAUCUACAAAGAUAUUUAAAGGAGAUAGUUUCUUAGCAACUAUAUCAGAUGAUUAA